UGUACUGCUCCAGCUGAUGCUCAUCCUCCCACAAUCGCCCCAACAGAAGGAUGUGUUCAACAAACACGUCAGCGAUCUUUUCCUCUUUUCCAAAUUCCAAUAUACUUCCAUGAAAAACCACAACUUCUUGUUUCAAAACAUAUAGCCCGGUUUGAACCGGCCAGUGUCAUAUCAUCAUGAUCGGCACAUCAUUCGGUGAAUGGGUCUUUGUCCGUUUAUCCAUCGCCUUCUUUCGCUACACGCCUCUAAUUUACAUCUUUCUCAUCUUAUUCCUCCCUCUUAUCCAGCCAGUAUCCGUGGUAUUUUCAUUUGUGUGUGUCCUGCUAGCUGCGCUGUUGGCAGAAGUGGUGUUCUAUUUAUUUAUAUAUAGACCAUACCUCCAGAGGCUCAAACGGGAUGCAGACCACCCACCAUCGCUGUCGCGCCAAGACCGAAAUGCCCUUUUUGAGCGAUGUUUCGGAAAUGUGCCGUCUUUGGAGAUUUAUCUGAGAUGGUGGUUUCUUGAUGCGGAUCCCAGGGAGAUACGGAGGGAGAAUGUGAGAGAGUUCAUUCUAUGGGCUUUCUUUGAGAGAUCGGAUGGUACAGGGUUGGUGGAGGAUGGGCAGGCGGUCGAAGGGGAGGUCGAACAUUAUCUGAGCCUUGUUGAACAACGACUUGGACGAAAGUUCGAGGAAGGCUGGGGCAACGUCAAAAGUCUUCGUCUCACGAUUGAUGGUAUCACGACAACGUAUCGAAGUCUUGUUUGGUAUAUUAUCGUAUUCUUCAUUGACCAGGCCACCCAUUUCGCCUUUCGAUGGCACGGAUUUGACUUUCAUCGCCGCCCUCGCUCUUCUGCACUUUGUGUAUUUCCCCCGCGGCCCCAAGAGCUGUUCCCCGGUCCCAAAUCCCCGUCCACACGGUUAAGUUACUGGCACCGCCCUCAUACAGCUGAAGACAAGCUCCCCGUUGUCUUCUUCCAUGGUAUCGGAAUCGGAUUAUGGACAUAUGUUCGUUUUCUGGCAGGUCUUCACAAGACUGGUGACGGAAACGGAAGUGUUGGUGUUAUCGCCCUUGAGAUAUUACCCAUCUCAUUCCGCCUCACCCCAGCUAUUCUCGACAAAGCCGAGUUCCUGGCUCAUAUGACGUCUAUCCUGGAACACCACUGCUGGCGCAAAUUUGCCCUGGUAUCACACUCCUACGGCUCAGUCCUAACAACUCACAUGCUCCACGAACCAAGCUUUCAACAUCGUGUGCCCUCGGUUGUCCUCAUCGACCCUGUGACCAUCAUGCUACAUCUUCCUGAUGUAGCGUACAACUUCACUCGAAGAAAGCCCAAGAGGGCGAAUGAAUGGCAACUCUGGUAUUUCGCUAGCACCGACCCAGGCGUUGCGCUUUGUUUGGGCAGACAUUUCUUCUGGCGUGAGAAUAUCCUCUGGAAGGAAGAUCUGUUGGGGACUCAAAGUGACGGCCAUCAUGCGAGGCACGUUGCUGUUACACUGUCUGGUCGCGACCUCAUAGUCGACACUACAGCAGUUGCAGAAUAUCUGGGGGUUGAUCUUAGUGCCGGUCGUAAUGGCGUGGUAGCGGAAUCGCACAACGGCGUUGAAAUAGUUAUGUUUCCGAAACUGGACCACGCACAAGUGUUUGAUGACCGUGUGAGUAGAGAGUCGGUGAUUCAGAUGGUUAGAUCGAGAUGUGAAAGUUAGUGGAUGGUAUCUCAGGAAUAGCCGAUGAAAUAGAUCGAUAUAAUAAUGAAACUGCGUCGUCAUUUGCUUCAAUUCUUUGACUGGAUCACAUCGCCACCCCACUCUGUCAAGUCUGCGCGGAUAGGAGUUGAACCGCUUUGGAUCAUGAGCCAUUGGACAUCUUCGUCUGUGUCGUUCUUGACCUGAUGUUCGAUCCAGGCGGGGACAAAGGCAAAGUCUCCAG